ACUGUCCUCUAUGAUGGCCACCUUUAUCACAGCACAAACAGUGCUAAUAUGCUACUGCACUGUAUUAUUAGGCCACUGUGCAGUGGCUUCAUUAAAAAGGCACCGCUGCACAUUUAAUGAAUGUGUAGACACACCCACUAAGUUUAAACCUAGUUCAUCAUUGUAAGACUUGUAUAGCAAGGUGCAUGGGAACAGUUUUUAUUUAGUGCUAAACGUUUGUUAUUUGCUGUCUGUCUUUUCAGACACUGGACAGACUUGAUAAUCAUUCAUCCAUAAACGUAGAGGAUUAUGAUGAGAUUAAUGGUGAAAUUGGACUUCCUGUGAUGCCCAGGGAAUGCUCAUUUUGAAAUUUGGGCAACUGACCACUGCUCAGGGAGGAAGGAGAUAGGCCAUAAAGAUUGUGUUCAGAGGACGAGACAUUUCUGAAACAGAAGCCAAAGCAGCAGGAGCCUUGAUGCAUCCAGACCACAGCUGGCCAGCUCCCAAUGGGAGGGGAGGUGUCCCAGAGGCAGAGGCUAUGUUGUAGACUUGGGCAGGACACUGGUGCUUCUGUAAUAGAAGAAGACAAAAGCCUGGGAUCCAGGUGAGAGACUUCUGACCCUGACUUGUUGCGGGAUGCCAGGCUUACAGUAAGCAGUGGUAGCUGCACAUCUCCAGCUGCCUAUUCCCUUGCAGCCAGCUCACCCUAGGUAGGGAUCUCCUGGCUGACAGUGGGUGCAACUCCUUUACCUGGAUGGGACUCUCCCCUGUCUGGGCACCAGGGUUUUGCCAUUGCCUGGCCUCUCUAGCUGCAGUUUUCUUCUUAAACUAACAGAAGCCCCCAGCUCUGUUAUAGUGAGCACUGCAGUAAGAGGGCAGAAAGGCGCAAAUGCUUAUGCAUGGGACCGUACACUUAAUCCACUGUGCUAAAGUGGAGAGUAAUCUGGGAAUGGUAAUGUAUCAAGGGUUUUGGUUUUUUUGAAAAAUGGGAUUAGCAAAUUGUUCCCCAAAACUUGGUUUAAUCUGUUAUGGCUGGAUUUCAUGGGCUUGCUCACCUUGAGUAAAACAUGGACUGUCAUUGCCUGUCUCAGUGUAAUCAGCAUGAGUAAAGAGCAAAAAUAAUAUUGCCCUGAUCAUACAAGAGGCUGGCUGCAGUCAAAUGUGUCUGACUGAGAAUAUACCAGCGAUGCAUCCUGAUGGUCAAGUUGUUGAGAGACACUUGAUUCACCUGCUUGUGAGUGGGGUGGAUGAGAAGGAAUUAUUUUACUUCUAGGUGACACUUCAUUCCCUCUAUAAAAGGCAAAAUAUUUUAUACUGUAUUACAUACUCACUUUGGAUGUUCCAUUGCAGUUUAGUUUUGUUUGCUGAUGGAAAUAAUGGAAAACCAAAGCAGCCAAAUAAGCGACUUGCUCUUGCAUGCCCUCGAUGAUCUCACCCAGGAAAACUUCAAAAGGUUUAAAGACAAAUUAUUACACAUUGACUUUAAAGGGAAAGAUAAAAGGAAAGAUAAAAUUCCCCAAGGGCAUCUGGAAAACGCUGACAGGAUAGAUACUACGAACCUCCUUAUACAAUUCUAUGCUGGAGAUGAUGCAGUUGAUGUGAGUAUAGAAGUCUUCACUCUGAUCAAUCUCAGAGAUGCUGCUGCCAAACUAAGAGAAGGGAAGGAAGAGCUGGAGCAGAAUGAGAAAACACCCAAGAUGCCAGUAAAAGGUCCAAGAAGCCUUACCUCAACCACCGGAUGUUCCCUGUCACAACCUCGAACCAGGGGAUUGGAUCUACGUAAAGGUCUAUCAACGGAAAAACGCACUUCAACCCAGAUGGAAAGGACCUUUCCACCCAAUUACAGGGUGAAGUACAGAUAACAUAUAGUGAAGGAGUACAAGAUAAUAGCUGACAGGAAUGCUUGUCCUUGUGAGGCUGUGACUCUGCACAGCAGAUACACUAAACUGAUUAUGGUAAAUGAGCAUCGUUCUGAAAAGGAAAGAGAACAUGAAAUAGUGGACACUGGGCGGAGACAUGCAGAAAUAAUGAAGAAACAGGCUAGUUCUGUGAUUACCAUGAACAACCUUUUUAAACCUGGUAAGGAUGGAUGAGCACCACAAGUCAUUAUGCUGGUGGGAGCUUCAGGGAUUGGAAAAACCAUGACAGCAAGAAAGAUCAUGCUGGACUGGGGAGCUGGAAAACUCUACAAACAGCAGUUUGAUUAUGUGUACUACAUCAACUGUAGGGAAAUGAACCUACUUACUCAGGAGAGAAGUGUGGGUGACAUGAUUUUGAAAAGUUAUCCAACUAAAAAGGAACUAGUUGGGCAAAUUCUGGCAAAUCCAGAAAAGCUUCUCUUCAUAAUGGAUGGUUUUGAUGAACUGAGAUUUUCCUUUGAUCAGCUAGAAAGAGAUCUGUGCUCUGAUCCCUUGGAGAAGAAGCCAGUGGGAAUCAUCCUGAGUAGUUUAUUGAGGAGAACGGUUCUCCCUGGAUGCUACUUGCUAAUCACCACCAGACCAACGUCUCUACAGAAAGUCGGGCAGUAUUUGAAGAACUCACGUUAUGUGGAGCUCCUGGGGUUCUCUGAAGAGGACAGGAAGAAAUAUUUCCAAAAGUUCUUUGGAAAUGAAAAACAGGCUUCAGAAGCCUUCAAACUUGUCAGAGAAAAUGAAAUUCUCUUCACUAUGUGCUUUGUCCCUGUCGUGUGUUGGAUCAUCUGCACGGUUCUGAAACAACAGAUGGAAAGGGGGGAAGAGCUUGCACAGGCUUCACAGACUGUCACAGGAGUGUAUCUGCACUACUUAUGCAAUUUGGUCGAACCUUCUGGCAGUGGUUCAAAGUCACAGAUGCAAACACAUCUGAGGAGACUUUGCUCCCUGGCUGCUGAUGGCAUUUGGGAGCAGAAGAUACUCUUUGUUGCAGAAGAAAUCAAGUGAUAUAGCUUAGAUCAGGUAGACUUGCUCCCCCUCUUUCUGAAUGAGAGCAUUAUUCAAAGAGACAUUGACUGUGUGAGUGCAUACAGCUUCACUCACUUAAGUUUCCAAGAGUUUUUUGCAGCUUUGUCCUACAUACUGGAGGAAGAUGAGGGUCCAGAGAAAGAUUCAGCUAUUUCCAAAAGACAGGUGAAAAGUCUACUGGAGUACUGUGGGGAGUCUAAAAAGCAUUUGAGGUUAACACUGCAAUUUCUGUUUGGUUUAUUAAAUGAGAAGAGAAUGAAAGAUAUAGAGGAAAAACUUGGUUGCAAAACGUCAUCUGCAAUUAAGUCAGAGUUACUGACAUGGCUAGCUACAUAUUGCCAAGCAGCAAAUCACAAGAGAGAUGAUCUUGAGGUAUUUUAUUUUUUGAAUGAGAUCGGAGAAGAACAUUUUGUUAAGGAAGUAUUGAAUCAUUUCACUGAAGUAGAGAUACAAGAUAAGACUUUUACCCAAAUGGAUCACAAAGUUCUCCUGUUUUGUAUAAGGAAAUGUCAUAAUUUGGAGUCACUUCUGUUGCCGUUUUGUGAAUUUAACUCUGAAGUCCCCAAAGAAACAAUAUUCCAAAGACUGCUGAAGGGGUGUUAUAAGGAAGAACCAAAGCCUUCACCUAUUUACCCGCUCUGUCAAGCACUGAAAGACUCAAACUGUAAACUAAAGAAGUUGCAACUGCAUUGGUGUGAACUCACAGAAGCCAGUUGGGAGGAUCUUGCCACCGUUUUUUCCCACUGGAGCCUGAUAGAUUUGGAUCUCUGUCGUACUUUUAUGAAAGAUUGUGUAAUAAGGCAGCUGUGUGAGUGGAUGAAACAUCCAAACUGCAAGUUACAAAGACUGGGGCAAGUAUCGCUUGACUUCUCUGCAUUUAUUAAGUCCCCUGCAUAUAUGUCGCUUUAUAGGUAUGUGACUGAUUCACUGAGGAAUUGUGGUCUGGAAGCUGUUGGCUGUGAGUAUCUCUCCUCUGCUCUCAGCACCAGCCAGACCCUGACAGAGCUGGACCUGCGCUGGGUCAACCUGGAAGAUGGAGGAGUGUGUCUGCUGUCCUGCUGCAGACUUGGGAGUUGCCGUCUGAAAGAUGAUGGCUGGAAGUCUCUCUCUUCUGCUCUCAGCACCAGCCAGACCCUGACAGAGCUGGACCUGCAGUGGAACAACCUGGAGGAUGGAGGAGUGCGUCUGCUGUGUGAAGGACUGAAAGACCCCAACUGCAAACUGCAGAAACUCAGAUUGUACCACUGUGGUCUGAAAGCUGUUGGCUGCGAGUAUCUCUCCUCUGCUCUUAGCACCAGCCAGACCCUGACAGAGUUUGUCCUGGACACAAAAAAACUGGAAGAUGGAGGAGUGCGUCUGCUGUGUGAGGGACUGAAACACCCCAACUGCAAACUGCAGAAACUCUGCUUGGGGCAUUGUGGUCUCAAAGUAGCAGAUUUUGAGAACCUCUCCUCUGCUCUGAGCACAAGUCCAAAUCUGACAGAGCUGAAGCUGUGUGAGACACAGCUGGAAGAUUCAGGACUACGCUUGCUGUGUGAGGGACUGAAACAUCCUGAAUGCAAACUGAAGAAAAUAACGUUGAAAGGGGUAAGUGGAAGUAAAGAAAUGCAGCUAGAGAUGGAUGCUGUGAAAGAGAGGAAACCUGAUCUUGUUAUUGAAGAGGAACAGAACGGAGUCAAUUGCCAUUAUGUGUAAGCGAGCAAAUCACGUACACAGCUUAAGCUAUGAGGAAGUCAAAGGGCAUGACCCCAAACUGCUAGGCUAAGCACAAACUAGAACAAUUCUAGUUUAGUAAAAACAGGAUACUAGUAUAGAAAGAGUGUAGCUAUUGAUAGAUUAGUGUAUCUGUUACUAUGCAUAUGAUGUCAUACUUCCUAUAUCAUACUUGCUAUAUAAUCAAGCUGUGUGCGAAGUAGAACAACAGACAGUUUCAUCUUGGGGCAGUUGUCUGUUCAGAAUGCAUUCUUUAAUAAAUCAGUUCUUUAAACUUA